AUGGGCCUCAACACCCAUCUCCUCAAGGCUAUUACGCGCAAGGGCUUCAAUGUCCCCACUCCUAUUCAGAGAAAGACAAUUCCCCUCAUACUAGACGGACAGGAUGUCGUCGGAAUGGCGCGGACUGGGUCCGGAAAGACGGCGGCGUUUGUGAUCCCCAUGAUCGAGAAGUUGAAGGCUCAUUCCGCCAAAUUCGGCGCAAGAGCCAUGAUCCUCAGUCCCUCACGUGAAUUGGCACUACAGACACUCAAGGUGGUCAAGGAGAUGGGUAAAGGCACCGACUUGAGGACGGUGUUGAUUGUGGGAGGAGAUGGCAUCGAGGACAACUUCGGGUCCAUGGCUGCUAAUCCGGAUAUCAUUAUUGCUACGCCGGGAAGAUUCGAACAUGUCAAGGUGGAGAUGGGGCUGGACUUGAGCUCUGUCAAAUACAUGGUGUUUGACGAGGCCGAUCGUUUGUUUGAGAUGGGCUUUGCCGCGCAGUUGAUGGAGAUUAUGCAUUCUCUGCCCGCGACAAGGCAGACACUCUUGUUUUCUGCUACACUGCCGAAGAGCCUGGUCGAGUUUGCGAGGGCGGGCCUGCAGGACCCAAAGCUGGUGCGAUUGGAUGCGGAGAGCAAGAUUGCGCCGGGGCUGCAGAGUGCUUUCUUUACUGUAAAGAGAGCGGAGAAGGAGGGCGCGCUGUUACAUAUUCUACAAGACGUCAUUAAGAUGCCGACAGGCGCCAACGACCGAGAGAAGCUGGCCAACGAGGCAAGGAAGGGUAGCGGUGGCGAUAGGAAGAAGAGGAAACGAGGUGCUGAUGGUCCCGCUGCGAACGAGGCCACUUCGCCGCAUUCGACCGUGGUCUUCACCUCGACCAAGCAUCACGUGGAGUAUCUUGCUAACUUCCUCAAAGCUUGGGGGUAUGCCACGUCUUACGUCUACGGCUCACUCGAUCAGACGGCUCGCAAGAUGCAGGUCCACGACUUCCGCUCCGGCAUAAGCAACAUCUUAGUCGUCACAGAUGUCGCCGCUCGUGGCCUGGAUGUGCCUCUUCUUGCCAAUGUCAUCAAUUACGACUUCCCGUCACAGCCCAAGAUCUUCGUGCAUCGCGUUGGUCGCACCGCCCGAGCAGGCAAGGAGGGAUGGAGUUACAGCUUAAUCACACAACCCGACAUGCCAUAUCUGCUGGACCUGCAGCUGUUCCUCAGUCGCAAGCUGAUCAUGGGGAGAACUUCAAAAGAGCCGGGCAUGUUUCAGCAUGCUAUUGUUACAGGCAACUUCCGUAGAGAUGCACUUGAACGAUAUACAGAGGAGGCUGCAAAGGUCAUUGACGAAGACAUCGAUUUACAGUCGAUGCGUGAUGUGGCGGCAAAGGGCGAGAAGCAGUAUCUACGAACACGGAACUCUGCGUCUGCGGAAAGUGUGAAGCGAGCGAAACAAGUUGCACAGAGUGAGGAUUCCAGCGCGACGAAUAUGCUGUUUGAGGCCGAUGAGAGCGCCGAUGUCGAGCAACAGCGGCUAGACAUGCUUGCAAGAGUAUCUAGCUUCCGACCUGUGGAGACAGUCUUCGAGGUCGGCAAGCGUGGCGAUGCAAAAGACGCAGCAGCGGAGGUAAUGAAGAAGCGAAGAAUGACCAUCGAGGCCCAGAAGCAAAGAAAAGCGCAAGCUCAAGAAAACGCUAUGGAAGACGAUCUUGUCAUCUCCAAAGGAGCGGCAGCCGCAGACGACUCCGACUCCGACGAACUCAUCCUGACUCAACCUAACGGCGUCGACAUGGAACUUGCCUCUGACUCCGAACUUGAAAUGACAUUUGCGACUCCUUCUGACCCGUCUUCUUCCAAACGCCAAGCAAAGAAAGCCAAAAGAACGGCAGAUGCAUCCGCGCAAGAUGACGAAUUUUUCAUGUCAUACACGCCCUCCACGAUUAACAUGGUCGAGGACAAAGGCUACGGUGUUCACUCCGGCGGCACCAACGCCUCAAACCAUUUCCUCGAUCAAGCCCGCAGCGCGACUAUGGAUCUCAAUGGCGAUGAAGACAGUAGUAUGAAACUUGCGACCAAAGCUGGAUCGGGAUUGAGAUGGGAUAAGAAAAGUAAGAAAUAUGUGCAGCGGGCUAAUGAUGAAGAUGGGAGUAAAGGAGCGAAGAUGAUACGGGGCGAAUCUGGGCUGAAGAUUGCUGCAAGUUUCAAGAGCGGAAGAUUUGAUCGAUGGAGGAAGGACAACCGUGUGGAGAGAUUGCCGAGAGUCGGGGAGAUGGAAAAGGCAAAUUCUCAUCAUCAUUUGUCGAACAGCGAUAGUCAGAGGGGAGGAGGAAGAUUCAAGCAUAAACAGGAACGUGCGCCCAAGGAGGCGGACAAGUACAGAGAUGAUUACCAUGUGAGGAAGAAGAGGGUUGCUGAGGCCAAAGAGAAGAGGAUCGGAAAAUAUGCAGAUGGCAAGGGCAAGAGUGAAUUGAGGGGCGUGGAGGAUGUGAGGAAGCUGAGAAGUCUUCAGGACAAGAGGAAGGAGAAGAAUGCUCGGCCCAGUAAAAGGGGUGGAAGUGGGAGAGGGGGAAGAGGGGGGAGAUAA